CAAUCAGGACCUCAGCUGGAAAGAUGGGGGAGUGGCCACGCUGCGCAUGCGCAGUGCGGACGUCGCCAUUCCUGGCCCAUGGCAAGAUUGCGUUUCACCUGCUUCUGAGGGCAAAGGUGGCUCUGGCGCAUCCUUUGUCGCGCCGUGACCUGCAGCUACUGACAGAUCCAUAGGGAGGACACCGGGACUUCCCGAACUCUGGGAAAUGAACUCAGUCUCCUUUGAGGAUGUGGCUGUGAACUUCACCCUGGAGGAGUGGGCUUUGCUGGAUUCUUCACAGAAAAAGCUCUACGAAGAUGUGAUGCAGGAGACCUUCAAAAACCUGGUCUGUCUAGGAAAAAAGUGGGAAGACCAGGACAUUGAAGAUGACCACAGAAACCAGGGGAGAAAUCGAAGAGGUCAUAUGGUUGAGAGACUCUGUGAAAGUAGAAAAGGUAGCAAAUGUGGAGAAACCACAAGCCAGAUGCCAAAUGUUAAUAUCAACAAGGAAACUUCUACUGGAGCAAAACCACAUGAAUGCAGCUUUUGUGGGAAAGACUUCAUGCAUCAUUCAUCCCUUAAUAGGCACAUGAGAUCUCACAUUGGACAGAAACCAAAUGAGUAUCAAGAAUAUGACAAGCAACCAUGUAAACGUAAAGCGGUUGGGAAAACCUUCAGUUAUCGCCACUGUGUUCGCAAACAUGAAAGAACUCACACUGGAGGGAAGCCCUAUGAAUGUAAACAAUGUGGGAAAGCCUUUAUAUAUUACCAGCCUUUUCAAAGACAUGAAAGGAUUCAUGCUGGAGAGAAACCCUAUGAAUGUAAGCAAUGUGGAAAAACCUUUAUAUAUUACCAGUCUUUUCAAAAACAUGCUCACACUGGAAAGAAACCCUAUGAAUGUAAACAGUGUGGGAAAGCCUUUAUAUGUUACCAAUCUUUUCAAAGACAUGAAAGGACUCACACUGGAGAGAAACCCUAUGAAUGUAAGCAAUGUGGUAAGGCCUUCAGUUGCCCCACAUACUUUCGAACUCAUGAAAGAACCCAUACUGGAGAAAAACCCUACAAGUGUAAAGAAUGUGGUAAAGCUUUCAGUUUUCUCAGUUCUUUUCGAAGGCAUAAAAGGACUCACAGUGGAGAGAAACCCUAUGAAUGUAAAGAAUGUGGAAAAGCCUUCUUUUAUUCUGCAAGCUUUCAAGCACAUGUAAUAACACACACUGGGGCUCGACCUUAUAAAUGUAAAGAAUGUGGGAAAGCCUUCAACUCUUCUAAUUCCUGUCGAGUGCAUGAAAGAACUCAUAUUGGAGAAAAACCAUAUGAAUGUAAACGGUGUGGCAAAUCAUUCAGUUGGUCCAUUUCUCUUCGAAUGCAUGAAAGAACUCAUACUGGAGAGAAACCCUAUGAAUGUAAACAGUGUCAUAAAACCUUCAGUUUUUCAAGCUCCCUUCGAGAACACGAAACAACUCACACUGGAGAGAAACCCUAUGAAUGUAAACAAUGUGGGAAAGCCUUCCGUUUUUCAAGUUCCCUUCAAAGACAUGAAAGGACUCACAGUGCAGAAAAACCCUAUGAAUGUAAACAGUGUGGGAAAGCCUUCAGGUGUUCAAGUUAUUUUCGAAUUCAUGAAAGGUCGCACACUGGAGAGAAACCCUAUGAAUGUAAACAGUGUGGAAAAUGUGGAAAAGUUUUCAUUCGUUCCAGUUCCUUUCGACUGCAUGAAAGGACACACACUGGAGAGAAACCCUAUGAAUGUAAACUAUGUGGGAAAGCCUUCAGUUUUUCAAGUUCCCUUCGAGAACAUGAAAAAAUUCACACUGGGAAUAAACCGUUUGAAUGUAAGCGGUGUGGUAAGGCCUUCCUUCGUUCCAGUCAAAUUCGAUUGCAUGAAAGGACUCACACUGGAGAGAAACCGUAUCAGUGUAAACAAUGUGGAAAAGCCUUCAUUUCUUCCAGUAAAUUUCGAAUGCAUGAGAGAACUCACACAGGAGAGAAACCCUAUCGAUGUAAACAAUGUGGGAAAGCCUUCAGAUUCUCAAGUUCUGUUCGAAUUCAUGAAAGGUCUCACACUGGAGAGAAACCUUAUGAAUGCAAACAAUGUGGAAAAGCCUUCAUUUCUUCCAGUCACUUUCGACUGCAUGAAAGGACUCAUAUGGGAGAGAAAGCCUAA